UUCCUCAGUCUCACCGACGGGCAGACCAGAGGUGGGAAAACUCGAUUACAGUAGCAUCAUGGCUGGGGUGGCAUCCACGUUGGCCAAGAAGAGGGCACUGGCAGCGGGGUUUGGCACUAACUCCAAUGCAGUGAAGUACCUCAACCAAGACUUCGAGUCGCUGCGGAGCCAGUGCCUGAGCAGCGGACAGCUCUUUUGCGACCCCACCUUCCCUGCCGCACCUGAAAUCCUUGGAUUUAACGAGUUGGGGCCACGGUCGUCCAAAACCAGAGGGGUGCAAUGGAAAAGACCCGGGGAACUGACAUCGGAUCCCGAGUUCAUUGUCGGAGGGGCCACAAGAACAGACAUCUGCCAGGGGGCUUUGGGUGACUGUUGGCUUUUGGCAGCCAUAGCUUCUCUGACUCUGAAUCAGGACGUGCUCGCUAGGGUCGUUCCGUCUGACCAGGGCUUUGGGGACGACUACGCCGGCAUUUUCCACUUCCAGUUCUGGCAGUUUGGGGAGUGGGUGGACGUGGUGAUUGACGACCGCCUGCCCACCAGGGAUGGAGAGCUGCUGUUUGUUCACUCGGCAACGGGCUCUGAGUUCUGGAGCGCCCUGCUGGAGAAGGCCUACGCUAAAGUGAACGGCUGCUACGAGGCCCUGUCGGGAGGCUCCACCACCGAGGGCUUCGAGGACUUCACUGGGGGCAUAGCGGAGAACUACGAACUGCGCACAGCACCGUCCAACCUCUUCCAGAUCAUCCGGCAGGCCCUCAACUCCGGGGCGCUGCUUGGCUGCUCCAUAGAUAUCACCAGUGCAGCAGACUCGGAGGCCAUCACCUAUCAGAAGCUUGUGAAGGGUCACGCGUACUCACUGACCGGAGCCGUAGAGGUGGGCUAUCGGGGGCGGAGACAGCAGCUGGUGAGGGUGCGUAACCCGUGGGGACAGGUGGAGUGGACGGGCGCGUGGAGCGACGGUUCUUCUGAAUGGAGUCAUGUUGACGACUCGGAGCGUGAGAACGUCAAGGCAGAUGAUGGAGAGUUCUGGAUGGCGUGGAGUGACUUCAUGAGGCACUACUCACGGCUGGAGAUUUGCACCUUGACCCCUGACACUUUGACCUCUGACGACCUGAAGCACUGGAGCGUGUGCAAGUUCGACGGCAACUGGAGGAAAGGCUCCACGGCAGGAGGCUGCAGGAACCACCCGUACACCUUCUGGAUGAACCCUCAGUUUAAGAUCACCCUGAACGAGGAGGACGACGACCCGGGCGAUGACGAGGUGGGAUGCAGCAUCGUGAUUGGCCUCAUCCAGAAGAACCGUCGCAAGCUCAGGAAGGUCGGAGAAGACAUGCACACCAUUGGAUACGCCAUAUACGAGGUGCCCUCUCAGUUCCACGGGCAGACGGAGGUGCACUUGGACAAGAACUUCUUCCUGAGCCACGCUCAGAAGGCGCGCUCGGAGACCUUCAUCAACAUGAGGGAGGUGAGCACGCGCUUCAAACUGCCGCCGGGGGAGUACCUCAUCGUGCCCUCGACCUUUGACCCGCACCUCAACGGAGACUUCUGUGUGCGCGUGUUCUCAGAGAAACAGUCCGAGAUGCAACCUUGUGAUGAUCCUGUCGAUGCUGAACUGGACUACGACGUGGUAUCUGAAGAUGAGGUGGAAGCUGGUUUCAGGGGAUUGUUUACAAAGCUGGCAGGAGAUGAUAUGGAGAUUUCUGCAACAGAGCUGAGGAAGAUUUUCAACAAGAUAGUUGCCAAAAGAACAGAUAUCAAGACAGAUGGCUUCAGUCUAGAAACAUGCAAAACAAUGGUCAAUCUCAUGGACGACAGUGGCAAUGGCAAACUAGGCAUGGGAGAAUUUGCCACACUUUGGAAGAAAGUUCAGAAUUAUCUGACCAUCUAUAAAAAGAACGACCUGGACGGGUCUGGAUGCAUGAGCACGCCGGAGAUGCGCAUGGCCUUAAAGGAAGCAGGUUUCACCUUGAACAACAGUAUUCACCAGAUUCUGGCUGCACGUUAUGGAGAAACAGACAUGACCAUUGACUUUGACAACUUUGUGUCCUGUGUGAUGCGCUUGGAGAUGAUGUUCAAAGUGUUUAAGAAGAUUGAUACAGAGGGAAGUGGUGCAAUUGAACUGGACUUCUUCCAGUGGAUAACCUUUGCCAUGGUGUAGACUCAGAGGACUUCAAAGUCAUCAGCCAACAACCCUUCAUUUUAAAUUCAGUAUUUUAUUGCGGAAUUCUAUCUUCAACAAAUUCAGUGCCAAUAUCUAAACACUGUUUUUAUUUUAUCUUAUCUAUAUGUAUAUUUUCCUGAUGUUUUAAUGGAACUGGUCCUUGUCAACAUUAAAGCCAGUCUUUGUAAACAUA